AUGGCGAUCGGCGGCGACGCGGGGCGGGUGGUCGGCGACGGCGCCGGCGACGACAACAUCAUCCUGAACCCGGAGUUCGACGACGGGCUGGACGGCUGGGCCGGGAGCGGGUGCAAGAUCGAGCUGCACGACUCGCUCGACGACGGCAAGGUGCUCCCCGCCAGCGGCAAGCACUUCGUGGCGGCGACGGGGAGGACGGACACGUGGAACGGCGUGCAGCAGGACGUGACGUCGCGGCUGCAGCGCAAGCUGCUGUACGAGGUCGCCGCCACGGUCCGGCUGGCCGGUGCCGGCGUGCCGCUGUCGCCGUGCGAGGUCCGGGCCACCGUCGCCGUGCAGAACUCCGACGGCCGGCAGCAGUACAUCAGCGUCGCCAAGUCGCAGGCGUCGGACAAGGAGUGGGUGCAGCUGCAGGGGAAGUUCCUGCUGAACAGCACGGUGGCCAAGGCGGCGAUCUACAUCGAGGGGCCACCGGCCGGCGUCGACCUGCUGCUCGACUGCCUGGUGGUCAAGCACGCCCAGAAGGCCACGCCGGCGCCGGUGCCGGACUUCGAGAAUCUGGAAUAUGGCGCGAACAUCCUCCAGAACAGCGACCUCGACGACGGCCUAAACGGGUGGUUCGGGCUCGGGUCGUGCGCGCUCUCCGUGCACGACGGCGCGCCGCGCGUGCUGCCUCCGAUGGCGCAGGAGUCGCUGGCGCUCGACGGCGAGCCGCUGAACGGGAAGCACAUCCACGUCACGAGCCGGGCGCAGACGUGGAUGGGCCCCGCGCAAAUCAUCACCGACAAGCUGACCCUGUACGCGACGUACCAGGUGUCCGGCUGGGUGCGCGUCGGCGGGCAGGCGGCCGGCGCGGCGCAGAACAUCAACGUGGCCGUCGCCGUCGACAGCCAGUGGAUCAACGGCGGGCAGGUCCUGGCGCGGGACGAGCGGUGGUACGAGAUCGGCGGGUCGUUCCGCGUGGAGUCCAAGCCGGCGUCGCGGGUGAUGCUCUACGUCCAGGGCCCCGACCCCGGCGUCGACCUCAUGGUCGCCGGCCUGCAGGUGUUCCCUGUCGACCGGAGGGCCCGCGUGAAGCACCUCCGGAAGCUUACCGACAAGGUGCGGAAGCGCGACGUGGUGGUGAAGGUGACGGCGUCGGGCGGCGGCGGCGGCGGCGGCGUGAAGGCGGCGGCGGAGGGCGUGGAGGUGCGGGUGCGGCAGGUGUCGAACAGCUUCCCGCUGGGCGCGUGCAUCAUGCGCACCAACAUGGACAACGAGGACUACGUGGAGUUCUUCACCAAGAACUUCAACUGGGCAGUGUUCGGGAACGAGCUGAAGUGGUACUGGACGGAGCCGCAGAAGGGGCAGCUGAACUACGCCGACGCCGACGACCUCCUCAAGCUCUGCUCCGACCACGGCAUGUGCGUGCGCGGGCACUGCAUCUUCUGGGAGGUGGACAACGCGGUGCAGCAGUGGGUGAAGACGCUGUCCACCGACGAGCUGUCCGCCGCCGUGAAGAGCCGCAUCAAUGGCUUGCUCACCCGGUACAAGGGCAAGUUCCGGCACUACGACGUCAACAACGAGAUGCUGCACGGCUCCUUCUACCAGGACAAGCUCGGCAAGGACAUCCGCGCCGCCAUGUUCAGGACGGCGAGCGACCUCGACCCGGACGCGCUGCUGUUCGUCAACGACUACAACGUCGAGAGCAUGUGCGACAUCCGCGCCACGCCGGAGGCGUACAUCCAGCAGAUCGUCGGGCUGCAGGAGCAGGGCGCGCCGGUGGGCGGCGUCGGGCUGCAGGGCCACGUCAGCAACCCCGUCGGGCCCGUCGUCCGCGCGGUGCUCGACCGCCUCGCCGUGCUCGGCCUGCCGCUCUGGUUCACGGAGCUGGACGUGUCGUCGGCCAACGAGCACGUCCGCGCCGACGACCUGGAGGUCAUGCUGCGGGAGGCGUACGCGCACCCGGCCGUCGACGGCGUCGUCCUCUGGGGCUUCUGGGAGCUCUUCAUGAGCCGCGACGACGCCCACCUCGUCGACGCCGAGGGGGACGUCAACGAGGCCGGCCGCCGCCUGCUCCAGCUCAAGCGGGAGUGGCUCACCCGCGCGCACGGCCACGCCGACGACAACGGCGAGUUCAGGUUCCGAGGCCACCACGGCGCCUACCACGUCGACGUCGUCACGCCCACCGGCAAGAUCUCCCAGGACUUCACCGUCGACAAGGAUGACUCGCCGCUGGUGCUCAACAUCACCGUGUGAUAAUUAAGAAGCACAGAAUGAUCAACUUCUAGCUAAGCUUAAUUAAUUGAUGCCCAGAACGAUCAACGACGAUGUACUACGGGAAGAAGUGAAAGAACUAAAUAAGGGGCUAGACAAAUUCAUUUUUAUAAUUAACCUUGAUCAUAUGCAUGCUAAAUAUUUUAAAAUGAUGAACUAAUAUACGUUGAAACAUCAUGGAAAUGAUAUAGAGUAUGAUGAUUUGGCUUUUUUAGCUUCAAAAAGAAAUUAUAGAUGAUAUACCAUGUUUGCAUGAGAUUUAAAU